AAGGCGGGAUGUGGGAACAGAUUGCACAAUUUUCUAGGUUAUAUAUUUUAAGAUUAAAUGUCGUUAUAAAUCAAUAAAUACCUACAAUUUCCACACAAUUCUAUGAAAAAUCGGCAUCUUUGAUUAUAUUUUCACACAAGGACGACGAAAGUGCACGUGAUAUCGCAAUCCAACAUUGAAGAUAGAUAAAUGAUAACUGAUAAGUUGCCUGCUGUCUGUUGCAACUUGCAAUAGGUUUGUCGACUGCAAAGCGAUUUUGUGAUGUUCAAUUCAUUUAAAUUUUUGUCUUGCGCCUGUUUGAAUAGUCGGUGUAAGUUAAUAACUAAUCAAUUUAAUUAUAUUCUCGUUUGUUGACAUUUUUUACAUUUAAAUAUAGUCUCCUUAUAGUAGAAUUAUGGACAAUACAUUAAAUGAUAUCUUGUCUAUGGAUAAAGGAAGAAAAAGUUUCAAGGCAGGAGAUACCAUAUUAGUCGAUAAACCAUUUGUACACGCACUGAAGUCAACAUUUAAAAAUGAAAAAUGUGACCAAUGUUACUCUGAAAACAACCUGUCCAGGUGCUCGGGCUGUCAGUAUGUUCUCUAUUGCAAUCGUACAUGCCAAAAAGUAGCUUGGAAAGAGCACAAACGUGAAUGCUCUAGAAUGAAAAAAAUUCAACCAAAAACAUUACCAGAUGCUGCAAGGAUUAUUUCAAAAAUAUUAAUUAGUCUAAAGAAUGGAGGAAAUAUGCAAAAAAGUUACUAUACGACUACUCGUUACAGAACAUUCAAAGAUCUCAUGUCACAUUAUCCUGAUCUUAAAAAAGACGAAAAACGAUUAGAGCAUUUUACUUCACUAUUUGAAGUCCUUAAAGAGUAUAUGGGUGAAUCAAAUUUGCCAAAUACAGUUGAACUCCUAGGCAUUUAUGGACGAAUGUGUAUAAAUGCAUUUAACAUAUUGGACGAUAACUUAAACACAAUCGGUACUGGAAUUUAUUUGGGUGCUUCUGUAUUAAAUCACUCCUGCGUACCUAAUGCAACUGCAACUUUUGACGGCACAACAUUGAGGAUUAAAGCAGUAACAGAUAUUGAAAAUUCUGAUCCAGAAUUGCAUGUAUACAUAUCAUAUUUAGAACUUAUGCAAACUAAUGAUGAACGAAGACGUGAACUACAAAACAAUUAUUAUUUUUUGUGUGAAUGUAAACGUUGUUUAACUGAAGACGAACAUACAUUCAUAAGUUCUAUGACUUGUUCUAAUGUCAAGUGUCAAGCACCAGUUCCUAUGAAGUUAAAAAGAGAUGAGGUUUUAAACUCUGUGAAUUGUCCUGAAUGUUUAGAAAUAGUCAGCGAAACAAAAGUAAAAGAGUUUUAUGAUGUGACUGAAUACACAGAAUUUCAACUUCUUAAAAUGAAAGAUAUUGGUUACUUGGAUGUUUGCAAAAUGUGUUUGAAAAAACAAAAUAGCGUUUUCCAUUCAAGCAAUAUCAACCAUGUUAAAAUAUUGGAUUUAGCUUUUGAAAGUGCAAUUAAAAUGGAACUAUGGGCUGAAAGUCUAAAAUAUGGGAUAAGCCUAAUUGAAGGAUAUAAGUCGUAUUAUGGUGAAUACCAUCCAUCGUUGGGAAUUCUAUAUAUGAAGCUUUUCAAAUUAAGUUCUAUUGUGGAAAAUGCGGAAACGGCUGUGAAGUAUUUGAAAAAAGGAAGUUCAAUAUUGAAAGUGACUCACGGCGAAGACCAUUCCUUGUAUAGAAAUGAAGUUAUUCCAUAUUGUAAUGAAUUAUUUAAGUAUUUUUAAAGCAUUUUCGAACCAACAACUAAAACUUGAGGACAUACAUGAUGCAUAAUAUUCAAUCAGCAUUUGGUGCUACUAUUAUUAUUGAAAAUAUUUGCAAAAUUAAGUGACACAAAUAGAAUUUUAAUUGUUUGCAGAGUAGUGAAGGGAGAAUCGUUAGUUACUUUUUAGAAGUAUUUAAAGAAAUACUAAUAACUAACGACAGUAACAGUGCAGGACUAAUUUAAAUUUUCAUUUUUUUGUGUCUAACAAAACAGUAUUUUAAAGUAGAUUUAUUAUUUUCUUGAUUGAUCAAUCUAUAGAUUUUAUUUCUUUUUUUUUUUUUAUACACGGCCAACUAAUAAAAACUGCCAAAUGGUUAGCCGAAAAAGUGUUCAUUGUUCCAAAAUAGUAAUUAUUUAAUAAAUUAUUUUUAACGUUAAAUAAUAUUUAUUGUUGUCAUUUAAAUAGAUCGUACACUGAACUCAAUGAGUUCAGUGAUCGUGAAUGAGCCAUUAAGCUUGUCAAUCAAAAUUGCUCACUUGCAGCUAUAUCAACGUAAGACUUUUGUACUGUACUCUACUGGUAUAUCGUAUACCGUGGUUGCUUUAGGUUAUAUACUUAUAUCGCAAAAACAAAAAUUGACGAGAUUUUGUUGAGUAUUAAUUGAAUAUUAAUGUGACUCAAGAUAUCUUCUUUAGUCUACAGUGUAGUAAUGGUCAGAUCUCUUUGAGAUAUUGUAAUGACCAUGGAAUGCAAUUUAUUGCUUACUGUUGUUUUGGGUAACUUUUAAUUAAUGUAUAAUACUUAGUUAGCAUUUAAGCAUUCUCAGUUAUGUAUAUAUGACGUUAAUACUUGUUUUCCACAAGUAUUAAGAUAUGCUUAGCUUGUACUCUUUGUAGUAUUAAACCCCAAAGGAACAGCUAGUAUUCAUUUAAAUUGUUUUGUCUUGUUUCACCCGAGCAGGUUACUGUCUGUGUAAAAGUUAUUAAUUAAAUUACGUUGAAUCAAACCUAUCUUGUCAGUUCUUAUUGUUUUACUAAGUGAAUUAAAAGUACUAAUUCAGUGAAUUAACUACAUUUCUAACACUGUACAUGAUAGUACUUGUAUUGGACUCUACAGUUUGUUACAACACUUUACGAGCUCGUGAUCUAACUAAAUUUUAAGGUGUAAUAUGUAUUAUUAAAAGUCUCAUCCGAGUAAUUUUUUAGCUGUAGCGACUUAUGCUAUUAUUAAUUUUGAUUAUACUUUAAAACAAAUAUUACAUAGUUUUGUUGUUUUUUUUUUCAUAUUAAUUAAUGGGAACGGAAAGCGUCAAUUUGUUUACGAAUAAAAACUAAACCGCGUAGUCACUUUCUGAAGUGUCUACCUAACAGAUUUCAAUCAUUUUUUUUUUUUUUUAUAGUUUAACAUCUUCUCUAUGGGGGCUAAAAGGUCGAUUUUUUUUUUUUUUUUCAAGAAAUAUUUAUAAGCAUUUUUAUUUUAACUUCUUUCUAGUACUACUUUUUUAAUCGCUUUAAUAAAAAAUCAGCCUUUUAGCCCCCAUAGAAAAAUAUAGUAAGCUUCGCAUAAAAAAAAAAAAAAACUGGAAA